UUUACUGUAUAAAAAGGCCAUUCACUUAGACUGCAGUACCCAGCAAGCUCCUUCAGCUGCAUUCGAUUCAGUCUUCUUCCAAACAAGGUGCAUAAUACUACUAGAAGAUGUCUACUCUCCUGGGAAGCAUCACGAGCAUGAUUGAAAUAUUUCAACAGUACUCAGACAACGAUAACGAAAAAGAAACACUAAGCAAAGAAGAGCUGAAGGAACUUCUGGAAGGAGAAUUAAAGGCAGUCUUGAAGAAUCCAGAUGACCAAGACAUUGCUGAAGUCUUCAUGCAAAUGCUAGAUGUGGACCACGAUGACAAACUCGAUUUCGCUGAGUAUUUACUACUGGUGCUAAAGUUGGCACAGGCAUACUAUGAGGCAUCGAAGAAUAAAAGAUUCCAAACAUAUGGAACAAAGAGAAGAAGUAAACAUGAUUAUAAAGGACUAGAUGAAGAGGGAGAAAAGGGAGAACAAAAGAGUCAUAGACGGCGGCACAGUGGAACUGAUGGAAAGGAAAAAAGUGAUAGAUCAAAAAGCCCGAAGGGAAGAGGAAGGAAAAGACAAAAUGAGGAUAGACAUACAAAAGGGAGAGAAACAGAAAAACACAGGCACCAUCAUGAUUCAGAUGGAAAGCAAAGGAGGAGGUCAGAAUCUAAAGAAAGAAGAGAGAGCAGAAGUAAGAAACACAGACAGUCAAAGGAAAGAACCUAUGAUGAAAUCUAUGACUAUGGAAAAUACAAUGAAGACUGGGAACCAACCUACAGUCAUUGUUACUACAAAACCGAGAACAGUGGUGUAGAGCACAGAGAAGGAGAGAGAAAAAGAAGAGACUCAGAAGACCAGAACAACUUCUCCCAAGGCAACAACUUCUCCCAAGGCAAAAGGCGCAACGCAUCCUCGAGGGACAGACCCCGGGAGGCCAGCCCCAGCCAGUCCAGUGACAGCGAA